AUACAAAAACUAGACACAAGAUUUGGAUUCAUCCUAGAAAAACCAACUAACACACAUUCCGAGUUAUCGAAAAAGUUGUCCAUCUCUUCCUCGGUCCUAUAUUAUUCUUGUCCCAAGUUUCUCGGCGACCAACGCAAGGUGGCGCGUGUAUUACACAGCCCAUUGAUCCUAAAGGUUGUUUUAUCCUCAAAGAUCCUGACUUGAUUUGAAAGUGUUUGAUAGGUUAGGUUUGUUGGAGAAAAGAGAGAGUGGUGUGGAAUGUUAUACGAUCACAUGGCAAAGUGGAACCUUGAUCAGGAUGUUGUUCGUUGGGGACUGCAUCAGCUGUUGGAUUGCACUCUUUCUAACGAUUGUUCUCGGAGUACUGUUACUGGAUACCAAUGGGACACUAGUCAAGUGGAGUGUGUAAACGAAGGCUAUGUUGAGCCUUGUAGCGUGGAGAAUGAUGAGGUUUUGGCUCGUGCGUUACAGGAAGAGCUAUCUAGACUUGCAAAGGACGAGGCUGCGGGAGUCUCUGGUUAUGGGGAUGAGCCUUUGCAGGCAUCGAUUCUUGCACAGGAUUGGCUCGGUCCAUCAGGCAGACACAGUGGUGCUGGGCUUGAAAAUGUUCAGGAUGCAGUGAAUGAUUUUGGCAGGAAGAUGGACACCAAUGAUUAUCAAAAUCAGGAAUAUGAAGGGGAUGGUUCUAGGAGAUAUGGAAACGGGGAAGCAUAUGAAAAUAAUGAAGGAGAGUACUCGAUGAAUGGGGAAGACUUGUUGCAUCCGAUGGAUAUAACAGAUGAGUAUGCUCUUGAUGGUGAAGUAGGGAGAAGACUGAAUCAGAUGGUUCCAGUUCCUCAUAUUCCUAAAACAAAUGAGAAGAUACCCACAGUUGAUGAAGAGAUAUCAGAUCAUCAGAGGCUUAUUGAAAGACUGAAGUUAUAUGACUUGGUGGAGUGUAAGAUCCAGGGAGAUGGGAACUGUCAGUUUCGUGCUUUAUCAGAUCAACUAUAUCGUUCUUCUGAAUACCAUGGCCUUGUAAGAGAUCAAAUUAUUCAACAGCUCAAGACUCAUCCAGAAUUGUAUGACGGUUAUGUUCCGAUGGGUUAUGUUGAUUACUUAAAGAAAAUGAGCAAGUGUGGUGAAUGGGGCGAUCAUGUCACGUUGCAGGCUGCUGCAGAUUCGUAUGGUGUCAAGAUAUUUGUUAUCACUUCAUUCAAGGAUACAUGCUACAUUGAGAUCCUUCCACAUGUUUCAAAGUCGAGUAGAGUUAUUUGCUUGAGCUUUUGGGCUGAGGUGCACUACAAUUCUAUCUAUCCUGAAGGAGAACUUCCUCCGCCCAGCUUAAAGAAAAAGAAGCAUUGGUGGAACUUUUAAGCCCAAAGAAGAAGAAAUGGUGGUACUUUGGAAGUGAGGAACUCCGAUUAACACAAUCUCACUAUUCUGUUUGAGGAGGUUUCAUUUUGUUUUGCCAUGUUCAAACCUUCGGCUCCCAGGAUCAGAAGCUUUUGAGCCGUUGCAUCAACCUUACGAAUUGGUGUCCACAUAGUUCACUUGUUUCGGCUGUAUUGCACAGAAAGCUGAUUCCUCACUGCUCUAAUUCCACAGUAAAUAGGUUACAUACUUACAUUCUUUGAUUGAUUUUAUUUCUUUUAGUUACCUCACCUCUGAUUUAGAUCAUUUGUCAUUAAUUUUUGUACAUAAACAAUUUCUAUCCAUUUUGUUAUCUUUUGUGUUUCCUAGUUCUAGUUCUUUCUGUUCAUUGAUUCGUGCCAUGAUGUUAAAUGAGAAAUGCAUGAAACGUGAUUCUA